GUUCUAGUGACCGCGACCAAUAUAAAGACAGAACGUGGCCUCUUUGCGCCGCCACACGUCCGAUAUGUCGUCUACAGUAACCUCUCUGGUGUUCACCAGCUUCCUCGUUGCCGUCAUAGCAUCUGCGUCGGCACAGGACGUGUACCAGACAGCCUACGACAACGUGGACGUAGACACCAUCAUCCAGGAUGACACGUUGGUCCAGUCCAUAAUGAAAUGCCUGGUGAGCGCUACAGACGAGGUAUGCGACCCCGAAAACAAGCAUGUCAAAGAGCUGCUGCCCGAAAUGCUCGCGACGGGAUGCGCCAAGUGUAGCGAGAAGCAGAAGCAUUCGAUGACUAAGUACUUUGGGCACGUCUCGCGCAAACACCCCGAACUCUUCAAGCAGUUCCUCGACAAGUACGACCCCGCUGGCGAACAACUGGACAAGAUUAGAAUCGCAGCCUGACACGCACCUACAGAUCUUCAACAUGCCUGCUUUCAUCUCUGGGAAGACGCAUUCAUGUGUUAAUAACAACCAGCUUGUUUCUGCUAAAGAAUUUUCCUGUAAUGAGUGUCAACUUUACAAUUGAAGUUCUGUAUAGCAAUAUAAACUAUGUGCAUCUCA